AUGCAGGGUGGUGAUGUGUUGGAGCUUAACCUUGGUUUAGGAAACUUUACUAAUCUUACAGGGCAGUCACCAAGGCCAAGAUGCCCCGCACCAUUUUUGUUGAAGACCUAUGAUUUGUUGGAAGAAGGUGAGGCUGAACAUAGCACCAAAAUUGUUUCAUGGAAUGGAGAAGGAACUGCUUUUGUUGUGUGGUCUCCAGCUGAGUUCUCUGAGCUCACUUUGCCUAGAUAUUUCAAGCACAACAACUUCUCUAGCUUCAUUCGCCAAUUGAAUACAUAUGGAUUUAAGAAAAUAUCAUCGAAAAGAUGGGAAUUUAAGCAUGAGAAAUUUCAAAGGGGUUGCAAACAUAUGCUAGUUGAAAUCACGAGGAAAAAGUGCGAGCCAAGUGUGUUUCCUUCAUACCUCAAGUCUUCUUCAGAGGAAAAUGCAAUGAGUUCCACAGAAGAAAACAAUCACCAACUACUUAUGGAAGAGAACAAGAACCUCAAGAAGGAGAAAUUGGAGCUUCAAAUGCAAUUAGCCGAAUGCAAAGCACUUGAAACAAAGUUGUUGGCAUGUCUCUCUCAAUUUACAGACAACCACCAAAAUAAAGUUAGGAGACUAUGUUAA